UGAUCAGCUGUGUCCAAUCACAGCUGAUCACAUAGGAGAGCCGGUAAUCAGCAUUCCGCAGAGGGGACAUGUACACUGAUCAUCAGGGCACUGAUGAUCAGUGUGCCCUGAUGAUCAGUGUGGCCCCAGAAGUGCCACCUGUCAGUGUCCAUCAGUGCCAGCUGCCAGUGCUGAACAGUGCCACGUGCCAGUGCCACAUCAAUGCCACAUAUCAGUGCCCACCAAUGCACAUCAAUGCCACAUAUCAGUGCCCAUCUGAGCUGCCUUUCAGUGUCACCCAUCAGUGCCAGUCAGUGCCACCUAUCAAUGCCAAUCAGUGCCACCUAUCAGUG